CAGAUGUGACAUGUGGUUAGGGAGUGAAUCAUGGUGUCCGACUGAACUUGUCACGUUUUCGUAAUUUCAGACGUGACAUGUCGGCAGUGCGAACAUGUGCUUGAAAAUCUGAGAAGCCUGUCAUACGGAGUGUUCACCAUGACUGCUAUACCUGACCAUCGUUCGGUGUUUGACAGCCUCCAGGACGAGACUCUCCUGGAGGGCUUGGAGGAGGUCUUCUGUACAGCAGGGCUUCCUUCACCUGCUUUUUCUACAAAAGAAGUGCGUUUGACUGACAGGGAAGAACAGUUGGACAAGAGCCUAAGACAGGGCCUGGCGCUCGGAGAGGUGUCUGAGAAGAUGUUCUGCUCCAUCUGCCAGUGCCCAUUUGAGAACAGAGAGGAGCAGAUGGAGCACUACAAGCUGGACUGGCACCGCUUUAACCUGAGGCAGAAGCUGGUGGGCCGGAGCCCAGUCACGGUGGAGGAUUUCGAGAAGAAGACGAGUGCAGGAGACAUGUCUAGCAUCUCUGGCUCGGACUCCGAGGGGGGGAAUUAUGAUGCCGACUGGGGAUUUGGUGACGAUGACGACUCGACCUCUGUGGAUGCAGAGAGUCCUCCUGAGAUGGACAGUGGCCUCGGACGGCUGACCAGCAGGGUGCUAUUCCGGAACUCUCAGGGACAGUACCUGUCUGUGUUCCGCUGUGUGCUGCACAGCAAGAAGCUGGACCCUGUGGGAGACCUAGCCAUCUCUUUACUGAACAUCAGCAAUAAGUCUGUGUGGGUUGUUCUGAUGACUGGAGGGGGUCACUUUGCUGGGGCUGUUUUCCAAGGGAAGGAGGUCUUGCAACACAAGACGUUCCACCGGUACACGGUUCGAGCCAAGCGCGGUACAGCGCAGGGCCUGCGAGAUUCCCAGAAUCGUGGCCAUGCGCCAAAGUCAGCCGGCGCAGCUUUGCGCCGGUACAACGAGGCGGCCCUUGUCAAGGAUGUUCAGGAGCUCCUUCAAAGCUGGUCAGAACACCUCAGGGAAGCCAGCGCCAUCUUCCUGCGCAUCCCCAGUUACAACAGGGCCAUGUUCUUCGGAGUUCAGUCGCCCCUCCUGAGCAAGACCGACCCCCGUGUGCGCACACUGCCCUUCGCCACCCGACGCGCAACGUUCCGUGAGGUCAAACGGGUGCACGAGCUCCUGUCCACGCUGCAUGUAUAUGGAAGAGACACCGAAGUCUCUGAGAUCUUAAGUUCUCCAAAGAAAGUAUGGAAGGAGAAAAUCCCCAGAUCAGUCCCACGGACACAUGCGGAUGCUGGGCAGGAAGUUACAGCACCCAGGGUGGAGAAUGAGGAAAGGAGCUCAGAGGAAGAGAGUCCUGCUGUGGACCUGGAGGUGGUAGAGGAGACCCUGGGGACACUGGAUCUGCGCGAGUUUGAGAUUUGUCCCCACAGGAGGUGCCAAAAGAAGAAGAGGAGGAGGAGGAAGAAGAAGAAGAAGGAGGAGGAGGAGGAGGAGGAGGACAACCCCAGAUCCACAGGGCAAGAGCCUGGGAGUGAGGAGCUGGAGGCAGAAAGUCCAGGGUUCAAGGAGAAACAGGUGGAGGAGAUGCGCAGAAGGCGAUCCAGGAGGAGUAAGAAGGCCCCGACUGCAGAGAAGGACAAUCAGUCUGGCCAAGGAGAUGACUGGGGUUACGCACUGCGUGACGCUUUCUUCACGGCCUGCAAGGUGGGAGACCUGGAAGCUCUGCAGCGCCUCCUCCAAGACUUUGCUGAUCACCAUCCAGGGGGUGGCGACCCUGGCACUCUGACCCUGUCCGACUUCCUCAACGCAGAAAUCGACUACUCUGGGUUCACGCUAUUGCAUGUGGCGUCGGCGGCUGGCCAGAGGGGCGUGGUCAGGCGGCUGAUGGAUGCCGGCAGUGACCCGGCACACAGGGAUAAAAAGGGACGGACUCCCUACGCUGUGGCGGCCGAGAGGGACACCAGGAACGAGUUCCGCCGGUACAUGGCUGAAUACCCUGACAAGUACGACUACAGCAAAGCGCAGGUCCCGGCGCCGCUGACGGGAGACAUUGAGUUGAAGAAGGCAGAAAAAAAGCGAGCACAGAAGGCAACCAAGAAGCAGAGGGAAAAGGAACAGAAGGAGGAGCAGAGGAGGGAGGAAGCAGAGCAGGAAGAGAGGAGGAGGUUCGCAGCCCUCAGUGAUCGGGAGAAGCGGGCCUUGGCAGCGGAGCGGAGGCUGGAAGAGCAGCUGGCCUCAACAGGCGGCACCAUUUCCAACAUCCGGCGCUGCUGGUGGUGUGGUGACUCCCUGCUGGGAAAGGUCCCCUUCCACUACCUGGACUUCUCCUUCUGUUCAACCUGCUGUUUACAGGAGCACCGCAAGUCCCAGUCGUCCAGCACCAAGCCUUGACCUUUGACCUUUCUGAUUAUGGACUGGGUGGAAGCUGACAAAGAACAGCAUGUGGUCAAUUCCUCUUUCAGACUUGACCAGUCCCUCAGUGAGCCACAAUAUUUAUUUUUAAGUAAAAAUGAUGUCUCCCAUUUGGAUCAGUUUAUUCACAAGGUGCUCAUACAUUUAAUCGAUCUACUCAGGGUCUCUCAGUGGGGGGGUAACUGUCAGAGUGCCUCCUAGAGGAACAUGUGGAGCUUGAUAUGAGGAAUUGUCCAUCUGUACCAGCAAGUUUAAUGAAUAGUGCUAUCAUGUAUGAUUAUUCAUAAGUAAAUUGUGUCUUUAAAGUAAUGCUAUGUUCAGUUUUGUGUAAUUUUUCUGCCAUGUUUUUUUUUUUUUUUUAAAUGUGUUUCACUGGAGCUAAUCAUUGUUAAAGAUAUUAAGGGGAAAUUCCUUUGCGGGUAUUUACCUUGAUUCCCCCCCCCCCCUUCAGCUUGCAACAUUCAGGUUACGUCUUCACACACACAUUUAACUGUUAUUCUAGUUGCUAGUAUGUAAUGUUCAAUGUCAUCUUCAUCUUAAAGGUAUGUACUGGGGAUGAAGGAGACAGUUAAUCACUCACCGUGACAUAUUUAAUUUGCUGACAUCUACAGUAAUUUUUUAGUUGCCUUUUCACUGUAUUAUAGAACUUGUAGCCAGUGCAGUUAAAGUUAAUUUCCCGGUAACAGUGGCUUUUUAGAAAGGAUUGGGCACUGCAUGGUGCUCCUACAGCCAGUGUGGGGGGUCAUAUUAAAGCAAAUAUGUUGCUAUUAGUGCCUGAUUCUCAUAAGAUAUAAAUGGAAAAAAUGGAGGACUUGCAUGUUGGUUGAAUGCUGCAGUGGUUUGAUUUUUCUUCACGUGGAGACAAGUCAGUGUUUUCAGGUGAUGAAACUUCAUGUUUAUGGAAAGCAGUCAGUCAUUUUCUGUAUGACGCACUUUCGCUGUAUCAUUCCCUGAGGGUCAAGUGCAUGGCUGAAGGAUAUUCUAUAGGUUCAAAUUAUUAAGAGGAACGGAAGGAAGAAUAAAAUGAACUUUCAGAUAAUGGACUAUAAUGAUUGUGAAAACCCUAAAGUGCAGUUCUUUAAGGUUGUGUUCAUAAGAGAAAUCCUCUGCCUUCUCAGCUGGCUUCUCUGUUGCUAUGGAGACUGCAAAGUUGAACUGAUUGAUUUAGUAUUCCAGUCAUGAGGACUAAAAACUUUUUCUAGUAAUUAAGGUUGUAUAUCUUGGCUGUAUAAUGGGAAAAUAUCCUUCUGAGGGUUUGUUUUUAAACCUUAAUUCUCUGAAUGUGUGGGAAAGAAUACAGCGAGCUGUGAACUGCAGGUGCAGAUAAAUACAAGGCUUCUCCUUUAUUGCCUAUUCAUUUUACUGACACCUUUCUCUAAAGUGACUUACCUUGUUUACACACCAAGCUUGUGAUGAUGUACCCCUUUGUAGAGGUACGCGGUUUUUGUUAGUUCAGGAUAAUGGCAUUUAUCAAGGGUACUACAGCAAGAGUGGGAUUUGAACGCAGGCCCUUUUAAGUAUAAAGCAACAGUUCUAACCACUGCUCUAUCUGCUGACAUCUUGCUUAUAGGAUGUAAACUCUGUGCCCAAGUAUACUUUUACAGACUGCUUUUACGGUUUUUCCCCACUCUAGAAAGUUUUGCCUUUUGUUGAUGCAAAUGGGUUAUUAAAUUAUGACAACUUUAGUAUAAUCUUGUGUUAUGUCAUAAUUGCAGGAUAUGCAGUAUAUCUUUGGUGUUUUGUAGAUACUUUGUUCCCUGCUACUUUCUGUAAGGUAAAAAUGAGAAUUGGAAGCACAUCAGCUGACAAUCUAAUUCUAUAGAAAUCAAAGCCCCACGUUUUGAGAACAUGUAUGAUUUUUGGGAUCACAUGAUUCACCUGUGAGAGUAGUAGUGAAAAUGGGCUCUUGCUGGGCACCGUGAAUACAGCUUACUGUUCUAGUGGUGCUUCAUGAGCCCUAUUGUUUUCAUACUUUUCCCAUUUCCAAAAACCAAUGGUUCAUUUUGCAGUGAACCAAGGAAAAAUUAUAUUUCAGCACUGAUUUUUGGGUUUUGUGAACAGGUGAAUAGCACAGAUAAUUAAGUGCUGCUUGGAGCAAUGAGGCCAUGAAUAGUUGGGAGUGGACCCCAGUGGAGAAGGGAGGAAGGCACUAGGUUCAACACCCCUGUCCUGCACAGAACUGGUGCUCUACUGCCAUCCUGUGUAGAAUCCAGGGACUGCAUGAUGACUGAAGGGUGUUAACCGCUGUCUCCUGCUACAAGAUGUGUUCCUCCCUGGAAAUAGGGGUUAAUUAUGGACUCGGGGGUUCCAGGUUUCUCAGCUCCAGGCUGGAUGGAUGGAUGGACGGACAGCUGACUGAAGGCUGUUCUGUGGACCAUGUCUCCAGCACUCCUCAGUGAUGUAACGAUGUGUGUUUCCCGUGCCCCUGCUGUGACCGCUGCAGGUCCGUGUGCUCGCUGUCUGGCCGUACGGUCAGAUUUCCUGUGUUUCAGAGCCGCACAA